UUUCUGUUUGGCCUCAAAUGCUUUGUUGUCUCUUAGGCCAUUGCCAGAAGUGCUCCAGCCCGAGCUCCUUCUACUAUUACUGCUGCUGCUCAGGAAAAGUAUCUGGGGAGUCCCUCGCUGCCCGUUGAGAAGAUGAUGACCUCAAGCUACUGGAGUGAGAGGAGCAGCAGCAGCAGCAGCUGUGGGCACGGCCAGCGGCCAGAGCCUCUGCAGAUUCCCUCGGUGCUGCAGUGCCAGCCCCAGCAGUACCACUAUUACCACCAAACCAGCCAGCCCCAAGCACAGCCAGAAAAGAAUGUGGUAUACGAGCGAGUGCGGACCUACAGCGGCCCCAUGAACAAGGUGGUCCAGGCUUUGGACCCAAUUGGCUCUCCUGCAGAAGUCCUUUCCCCUCUCAAAACUUCCUCCUCCUACCAAAACUUGGUGUGGAGCAGCGACCAUUCACAGGAACUGCAUUCUCCAACCUUGAAAGUAGCUACUUGUGUCCCAAAUACUCUACACGUAACCCAUAAUAUUGAACAGGAACUCCAUUCUCCAACAGUGAAAGUGACUACCUAUCCACAGACCACCAUAAGGAGAUAUAUAGUACAAAAUCCUGAUCAGGAACCACUGUCCCCAUUUCUAAGAGGAGGGCAUUUUUUCCCAGGAAAUAAUAUCAUUUAUGAAAAGACAGUAAGAAAAGUUGAGAAGUUAAAUCCUGAUCAGGAAUGCUACCCCCAGAUUCAGUGUCAACAUCAUGUCAUGCAGCAGCCCCAGAUUGUACAGACUCAACUUUGCCAACCAUCCCAUUCCACCCAGCAAACCCAAGUCAUCACAGGAAGUAAUUCAAUUGCUACACACACUGGAAAUGAAUUGUCCUACAGUGGAUCACACCAAACACAUGAGCAGGUGACUGUUGUUCAGGAGGAUGGCCCUGAAAAACUAGACCCUAAGUAUUUUGGGGAACUGCUUGCUGACCUGAGCCGCAAGAACACAGACUUGUAUCACUGCUUAUUAGAGCAUUUGCAAAAAAUUGGAGGAAGCAAACGGGACUUUGACUCCACAGAUGAGUCAGAAGACAUUGAAGCUUUGAUUCCUAAAGGGCUGUCAGAGUUCACAAAACAGCAAAUCCGAUACAUUCUACAGAUGAGAGAGAUCUCAGACAAGUCUCUACGGCUGGUGCUAUCCACCUUCAGUAAUAUCCGGGAAGAGCUUGGUCAUCUCCAAAACGACUUGGCAUCGCUGGAAAAUGACAAGUUAAGACUUGAGAAGGACGUGGCAUUCAAGGAGACCCAAAUAAAGGAGUAUGAGGCGCUCCUGGCUUCAGUGAGAGCCAAUAACCACCAGCAGCAGCAAGGACUACAAGACUCUAAUUCAAAAUGUCGGGCCUUGGAGGAAACCAUUCUCUCUCUUCGACAUGGCCAGUCAGAUAUGGAAUAUCGACUAAAGGAAAUGGAAUAUUGUAAAAGAAAUCUGGAACAAGAGAAUAAGAACCUUAGAAUACAGGUAUCUGAGACCUGUACAGGCCCUGUGCUACAAGCUAAAAUGGAUGAGAUUGGGAACCAUUACAUGGAAAUGGUGAAGAACCUGAGAAUAGAGAAGGACAGAGAGAUCUGCAAACUGAGGGCACAACUGAAUCAGUUCCAAAAGGAUGUUUCCAGAAGAGAGGGAAGUUGCAGUGACUAUCAGCUCAAGCUUCACGAACUGACAAGUUUGCUGGAAGAGAAGGAUUGCCUUAUAAAGCGACAGUCAGAGGAACUCACCAAAUUGAGGCAAGAAAAAUAUUCAUCCCAUAAUCAGGCCUCAGGCGCUGGAAGGACCACUAUCACCACCACUAAAAAAUACAGAACCCAAUAUCCAAUUCUGGGGCUUCUUUAUGAUGACUACGAAUACAUCCCCCCAGGUAGUGACACCCAGACCAUUGUUAUUGAAAAGACAGAAGACAAAUGGACUAGCCCAUGAAUUCAGCACCUGCUGUUCAAGUUCACCCAAUGACUCUGUUACUGCUUAUGUGAUGGAAAAUGUGAGAAAUCAAGGUCAAUACAAUUUUGAACCAUAACAACACCUAACCUGCCUAAUGAAAAUAGAAAGCUCUGUACAUGGCAGGUUUUCCUAAUGUAUUUAUAACAAAAUCAGGAAAAUGUUUAAGUCUUUUAUUGCAGACAUAACAGAAGCAUGCUCUACUACUUAGAAAAAUACUUCCAAAAACAUGAAUGAGCUUUUUGGGACAGGGACUUUAUUCCAUUAUAUUAUUCCCCCCCCCCCAUUAAAUAGAUAGAGCAUGCAUCUUUACUUCAGAUACGAUUUUUGAUGAAGGGAGGGGUGGAGGGAAAACAAUUUAAUUAGUACCUGUGUUAUAUAGCUUGGAUUUCUUUUUUCCCCUUUAGGAGUGAAAGGGAUAUUAUAUAGAUAGAUUAUGGAUGUAUCUCUUGACAUCUCAGGUGAUGGUUUGCUUUACUUAGCAAUGAAAAAGGAUAAGAAUUCUCCUUAACAAGUCAAAUAAUUUCACUGAACUUUAUAGUCUUUUUUGGUAGUUUCAAGUACUCAGCAAAGAACUAAAGGACUCAAGUAAUGGCCCCUCCCUCAAGUGAUUAAACACCUAAUUUGCAUCCUAAGACACUAUAGCUCUAGAGCUAGAAAUGACCCUUGCUGGUUUUAACUGCAAUUUAGAGAAGGACACCCCCACCUCAAGAACCUGGAAAUACUUUUUUUAACUUGAUAAAACAUCAAUUUCUAGCUAAACUCACAAUGAACGGGCAAAGUCAAUUAUACUGUUUGUGUUUUAUCAGCUUCCCGGUUUAAGAAAUAUUUGAGAUCACUGGAAACUACUAAUUGUUAUAUUCAUUUUAAAUGUGGUAGAUGAUUUAUACAAAAAUAUUAUUGGAGAUAUACAUAUGUAAACCAGGACUUUUUAAGUAUAAGAGGCAUUCUUAAGUUAAGGUUUGGGGCUUAAAUCUAAAUCCAAGAAACUUUGGAACUGUAGCAAAUGCAGGUUUUUCUUGAGGUAAGCAUGCUGGAUUUCUUGGUUUUGUUUUUUUGUUUUUUGCGGGGCAAUGGGGGUUAAGUGACUUGCCCAGGGUCACACAGCUAGUAAGUGUCAAGUGUCUGAGGUCGGAUUUGAACUCAGGUACUCCUGAAUCCAGGGCCGGUGCUUUAUCCACUGCGCCACCUAGCUGCCCCCUGGAUUUCUUUCUAAUAGUUUAGGACACAAGAGGUUCUGGGCUCUAUAUGUAAUUCCUCUAUGUAACUGUAUUAAAAGCCCUUAGGAGACGAAAGUAACAUAGACAAUAUGAAGUGAGCUAGUAAAACGUUCUCUCAGUAACAGAUGUCAUUUUCCUUACCUGGAGAAAAGAAAUAGAGCAGCAACUUGGUUUCGGGGUGUGUCACUACACCAGCCAAUCGAGUCCAUGCCGUAAGACAGUGUUGUUGCUAUUACAAUCAAGGCCUUUCAGCUGCUGUAAAUUUUCAAAAACAACAGCCCCCUCUCCUCUCCCCAGAAAAGAACAAACCAACCAGAGACAGUCUAAGGUGGACCCACCUUCCAAAAUUCCAUGGUAUAUGUGUUAUAGUGAUGCUCCUGUAUGUUACCAUUUAAAGGUCUGUGGUUCUUAAUUCAGUUUGUGAUGAAGAGUAACGAAACUGACUGAAGAGGCCUUUUCUCUUCACAGGCUAAAUCACUGCAAAGAUAGUGUCAAAAUCAAAUGCGAUGUUAUUAUCUUUAUUAACCUCUUCAAAUUUAAU